GGCACAUCCCGUAUUGUACUGUCUUCAUGCGUAUUGCCUGACGCACAGGUUGAGUUGAACGAUGCAGGUGUGCGCCAUGGUCAUCCUCGUCUCCAGUUCGGUUCUGCUUCUGCUGCUCCAGGGAUGCUGCGCUGCGGCGAAAGACUGGAAAGUAUUGAACAACGACGCUACGGAGAACUUACCGGAGUACAGAGCCAGUGCCAAUGCGCGGACGCAACAACAACAAGUGAUGGCGAGGGCGUCCAACAGCGGCAGCCACAACCACACUUUGAAUAACAGGGCGAAGAACGGAGGAAGAGCCGCUAAUACCAUUUCAUAUAGUGCGUCUGAGCUGAGCUGCAAAGAGCUGCGUUCCACCCGCUACAUCACAGACGGAUCCUGUCGCAGCGCCAAACCCAUCCGGGAGCUUGUGUGUUCGGGACAAUGCAUGCCCAGCCACCUCCUUCCCAACUCCAUCACGAGGGGCAAGUGGUGGAGGAACAACGGCUCCGAAUACCGCUGCAUCCCGGCGCAUUCCAGGACAAAGAGGGUUCAACUCCAGUGUCCCAACGGCAACACUCGGACUUACAAAAUCCGCGUGGUGACGUCCUGCAAGUGCAAGCGCUUCAGGCCCCACCACAACCAAUCAGAGGCCAAGGAGGUGCCCAAAACGCAGCGAAACAGGAAGCACGGUCGGUUGUCCCAGGAUCGGAGCAAAAACAACACACCGCUCAUAGACAACAUGUACUGAAAUGACUUUGAAUAGGACAGAGACUAGAUAUAAUAUACAAGAAUAUAUCUCCGGCCAAAAGGAGACGAGACCCAUAAGCUAAUAUGAGCUGGGCUGGUUCAAGACACGGACAUCAUUAUCAGUCCCUGCUUCUCAGCCAUAUUGUCCAGUGUGAUAUAAUGCAUGACAAAUACCAUUAUUGAGAGCUUGGCUGGUCAGAAGAUGUAGCACUGAGUUGGAGAACAUUUAAACUGUUGAAAAUAUUGCUUAAUCACUAUGACAAUUCCAUCCAAACUUAAUGAGAAGACCUGACCGUUUCCGAUCCACCUGUGCAAACAUCCAGCGGAUACGCACAACAACAUGUCACCAUAACUUUCCAAGAGCUUCAAGGUGAACGGCAGACCUUUGCUCCUAAAUGGCUAUAAUCUAUCUCCAUUUUGGCUCUGGUUCGGAGUUGAUGACAGGAGCGAAGGAAGGGGUUUGACGUUGGAUGUGGACAGGUUUUGAUGAGGUUUUGGACAGUACCUCAACUCCUCAGUCAUCAGGACAGGCCCGAGAAGCAGCGUGUCCCAAAUGGAGCCACCGACGCCGGGCUUGUCAGCUACAGUAGCACCUUUCCCACGACUCAAGCUGAAAAUCUGGACAGAAACGAAAAAGGAAGAAAUUAUUUUAUGUCAGCUCUGACACAUUUCUGUAAUUUGUGAAUCUGAAGGUACAUUUCCAUGAAGACGGUGGGGAGUGAGGAAUAUAAAUGAUUUCGACCCAACCUAAAUACGCUCAAUAGGUUGUCUUCCAGUUCGGUAAUCCUGACCAAAAUCCCAGCCAAAUUUCCUUUUAGGUUCAGUUAAGUGUACAAGUAUAAAAGUCGCUGUUAUUUUUUGGGUUUGAGAAAUAUAUGUUAAUAAAUACUAUACCGACGCAGUGCUAACAUAAUGCACACAAGUCUAAAAAGUUUACAUGUUUUUUUUAGUGGUAGCAUACUUUAUCUUACUGUACACAAGCAAACUCCACACAGAAAGGCUCCACCUCAUUCAGGAAUCAAACCCAGGAUCUGAAAGUUUUAUAUCCACGUCACACUCCACACCAGUGCAUAGUCGAUAAUGUUCGGGUACACUGUAUUUUCCCCAUAUGUAAUUUCUCCUCUGCAUUUGACCCAUCCUUUAAUACCGCUGGGACAGCCUGUCAGGAGCAGUAUGGAGCACAUUUCCAGAUCUUGAGCUAGGUUUGGUCAGAACCAGUGGUGGAAGGUAACGAAGUACAAGUAGCAAAGUAACAGUAAAGAUACUUUUUACUUUUACUUCACUACACUUGAGAGCAGGUAUCUGUACUUUCUAUUCCACUACAUUUUUGAACAAAACUGAAAAGUAAGUAAGUAAGUAAGUACUUUUCAUAUGAUUGAGGGGUUAUUUUUACCAUGUUUGUGGUAACAUCCUGACUAAAGGUUUUGAACAAAAAUAUUCAAAAUGCAUAAGAAAAAUUAAGAAAUGUGUUUGUAUUACUACAGUCAGUAUAAUAUGCAUUUUGUUAAAAAUCAAUAUUACUACAUUUAAUACUCACUUAAUACUACAAAUUAAUGCUUGCGUGAAAUACUUUUACUUUUUACUCUUAAAGUACAUUUUUAAACAGGUACUUUUUCAUGUGAUACUUUUACUUAAGUAAAUGUUUACUUCUGUAUCUGUACCUUUACUAAAGAAACAUAAUUGAGUACUUCAUCCACCACUGGUCAGGAGUACCACAGCUGGAGGAUUGUGCAUGUUUUGGGUUUUGAGCUCCCAAACAUGGGUGAACUCUGGAACCUUCUGACUGUGAGUAGACUGUGAUUAUCAACUUAGGUUAAUGACAACACAAACUUACUAUCCAUAGGUUUCAGAAAAUGCAGAGUUGUUAUAGCAAUUAAUAAUUCAGAAUCAAAUAUUCAACACUUUCAAUUUCAAAAGACCUCAAAAUGUCAGCCAUAAACAAGAAUCUGCAACCUAAACACCAGGCGUUACCAACAACACGCUGACCCACACUGUACCUCUUCAGUGGAAAUGUGCCCUAAAAAUAAGACUAGACUUGUAUAUCAGUGUAUGUCCUCCCUCCUCACGCACGAGCCACUUCCUGUUUGCACUUUUGAGGGAGGCGUCAGGUUAUAGUUGCCACUUUCCCACACACUUUGCAAACCCUCUCCAAUCAUUUCAUCUGAUUACUCACUCCCACUGCUCUGCGUAUCCCUCUUGUGUAAAUAUGCAAAAUCAAAAAUAGACAAUAAAAGAAAUAUUUAAUUUGGACGAGGAAGUGGCAAUACCUGGUUUCGAUCCACAGACAUCACAAACGGCUUCCUUGGUGGGACUGGAUUUACGACAAGUGUCCUCUACACUUCCUGAAAUUGUUUGCGGCCCCGUGUUUGUGCCCAUAUUACUUCCUGACUUGAUUUGUCCAAACUGUGCCGGCGAUGUUUGCUUUUUGUUGAACUGUGUUUUUGAAAUGGCGUCUGGAGUUGGUUUGUCAUGCGAGUGUACAUAUCUUACUUGUGUGGUCCUCUGCGGCGUCGUCUCCAAUGGAUACAGGGGGACGUGCUAGGCUGCUUUGAGACACAAGAAGGACGAUUAUAAGAAUAAGAAUGAACUGCGUAUUUAUUUUAUUUCUACAUUUAAAUUAUUUAUGCGGCCUUUUGUAGUAAAUGAUAUCCAAUAGUAUGAACCCUGUACAGAAAAUAAAUAAAGUAAUGGAAGAUAUAUAC